GACCAAAGCUACUGUUUACACGGACUUUUCAUUCCUGCUUUGUUUGCUUAUGGAAAAGAAGGGGGAGUGACUUAAAAAAAAAAAAAAAAAACAGAGGAAAGGGAGAAGGAAAGCGAGGGAGGCACUGACCGCAGUGCAAACCAGGACCCUUGCCCCUGCCUGAUCAUUAACCUUGCGGGAAACGCCGCUGCCGCUGGCUCCCCGGCGUGUCACUGGCGUAUGAACCGCGCCAGGGGCUGCCUACCUCUUACAGCCACGCGGGCAGGCAUUCUGUACGCUUCGUCGCCUAUACAGGUAUAUACCUAUACCUCCCAGAGCACGCCUCUACGCUGACUGCAGAUAUGAAACUCCAACAGCUCCUUUGUAUCGUGGUUUUCCUCCUGGCGAGCCUCCUUCCUGCCAGUGGGCAGCGGCCAGCCAACCUGGCCCUGCGCAGGAAGCUCCACCGGCACGGCUGCUCCCACCGGCGCUGCAUGCCGCUGCACUCCCGAGUGCCCUUCCCCUGAGGUAAUCCGCGCAUGCCGGGCGUUGGGAAUGGUACGGAGGCCAUACCUGCCUCCCCGCAGGCGCUGUGCGGGCGCGGCGGG